UAGACAAUGUCCGACCCCCCUAAUUUUACCAAUCGCCGUUCGUUCUCCGCCGGGAAAACAAUAGCCGGAAGUCGUCGACGUCACUGGCUGACUUCGACGUAAUAAUCGAAGGGGAGGAAGGAUCCGGGAGACCGUCGGUCCGAGUCGCGGACGUUUGGACGGUCGGUAAAUCGCUGCACCGAACGCGGUUGAGGUAGACGACCUUCCGGAGUUAGUCCCGCGAGGAACUGGCCAGGUUUAAAAUGAAAGACGACGGAAAGUCUCAGGGGUGGACGGACUUCUUCAAUUACACCUUGGCCCCCCUUUUCUUGAUGAUCGGCUCCACCAAUUUCUCCGUCUGCGUCGUCUACCUGGUGGUGGUAGAGAAGAGCGACGCGGGGGCCGUGACCCGCCGGGGGGGCCCGGUCGAUUUCGUCCUCCGAGCUUGGAAGAGUUCUCUGGUCUUCGACCCCGAAAUCGUGGCGCUGUUGGCCGCCUACACCCUGUGGUCGGCCUCGGCCCUGCUGAUCUUGGGAGGAGAAGCGUACUACGGCCCUCCCACCAGCACCGGCCACCGACCCCGCUACCUUCGCUCGGGAUUCAAGUAUUACCUGGCCAGCCUGGCCUCGGCCGCUCUUCUUCUCUCCUCCGUUUCCGCCCGGCACUGGUACCAAAAAUUCCACGUGGUUAUCGGCAACGUCGUCGUCUUCGGCUACUGCGUCACCGUAUUGAUUUACCUGAAGGGUCGCCUUUACCGUUCUCCGGGAGAACACGGCUCUUCGGGAAACGUCGUCUUCGAUUUCUACUGGGGCUUGGAGUUGUAUCCCAGAUUGGGCCAGUGGUUCGACGUCAAGCAGUGGACCAACUGCAGAUUCGGUAUGAUGGCCAUGCAACUGAUAAUACUACUGUGCUGGAAGGCCCAGGUAGAAGAGACCGGUUGGAACUGGGCCAUGGCCACCACCUCCUGUCUUCAGACCGUUUAUCUGGCCAAAUUUUAUUGGUGGGAAGACGGCUACAUGAAUACCAUCGACAUCACGCGGGACAGAGCGGGCUUUUAUAUCUGUUGGGGAUGCUUGUGUUUUGUGCCAUCCUUUUACACCCUGACUAAUCUGUACAUGGUAGAGAAUUCUCCGGCACUCAGACCCGAGAUUGCAGUCGUCAUUUUCGUCGCGGGAACCGUGUCGAUACUAUUAAAUUACUGGACCGACUAUCAAAAGCAACUGGUGAAGAGUACGAAGGGCAAAUGCAUCAUCUGGAAGGUUCCCGCCACCGUCAUCCGAGGAUCUUACCGGGAUGCCGAAAACGUCACUCGCGAAGUUGUGUUGCUGGCGUCGGGAUUCUGGGGCCUCGCCAGACACAUGAAUUAUUUUUUCGAAAUUCUACUACACAUUUUUUGGGAAUUGCCCAGUUUAUUUUCCAGUCUGAUACCCUAUCUCCACGGUCUGUUUCUGACCGUACUGCUAAUUCAUAGAGUAUUUCGAGACGAAAAACUCUGCCAGAAGAAAUAUGGAUCUUAUUGGCAACAAUAUUGUCAGUUGUGUAAAUACAGAAUAAUACCAGGAAUAUUUUAAAAAUUUUGAAAUUAUUUUUCCUUUUAAACCUUUGAUAUAUCGCAUGAAAAUUAUUGAUGUAUGUAAAAACGCUCAAUAAAUAUAUUUAACUUGUA